AGUUUUCUCUCCUGCUCCAGCUUUAGGAUGUUAAGAGCAAAACCUGGAGUACUUUUCAGCCUCAUGGUCCUUGCUUUCUCUUUCUUUCCUGAUGCUUGUAUGGCUAGAGCUAAAUACAAGCCUUGCUUCCCUUUUUCUUCUUGUGGAAACCUCAGUAUUACAUACCCUUUUCGAUUAAAUAGUGAUCCUGUUGAGUGUGGUGAGCCAGGGUAUGAACUAGUAUGCGAUAAUAAUCGCACAACUUUGGUCACAAAAGAUGGGAAAUUCUUUGUUGAGAACAUCACAAACUCUAGUGUUCGACUGGUUGAUGCCAAUCUUCAGAGGGAUAUCUGCUCCAUUCCUCACAGCUCCCUUCUUCUUGAAGGCACUUGUUGGAAAAUGCUUCUUUCUAACUAUCUUGUAUUAGGACCAGUGAAGUAUGCAUUAGAAUCAUAUCUAGACAGCUUUAUAUUUUUCCUUCUGGGUGGCCCCCAUGUAAAGGAUAACACGAAUUUUCCACCAAACAGUACUUAUAUUAAAUGUCUUGGAAUAACAGGAGCAAUUAUUUCCACUAGAGCUCUAUUGGGGAUAUCCAUCUUGCUUGUGAUAGUUGCAUACAAACUUCAGAGGAGGCAUUUGUCUGUGGAUAAUUUAAUUGAAGAGUUCCUUCAGAAACAGAAUAACUUCAUGCCUAUCAGAUACACUUACUCAGAAAUAAAGAAAAUCACUGGAGCUAUAAAAUUACUGGGCAGGUCAAAAUCAGAUGGCCAAGAUUUCAUCAAUGAAGUUGCCACCAUGGGUAGGAUUCAUCAUGCUAAUGUUAUGCAACUCAUUGGAUUUUGUGUUGAAGGAUCAAAACAAGCUCUAGUAUAUGAUUUCAUGCCUAAUGGGUCCUUGGAUAAAGUCAUAUUUUCAAGAAAUAGUGAUACAUCUCUAGGUUGGGAAAAAAUGUUUGAGAUUGCUAUUGGGGUGGCUAGGGGGAUUGAAUACUUACAUCGAGGAUGUGAAAUGCAGAUUUUACAUUUUGAUAUCAAACCACACAAUAUCCUUCUGGAUGAGAAUUUUAACCCUAAAGUUUCUGAUUUUGGCCUUGCUAAACUAUAUCCUGCAAAUGAUAGUGUUGUAUCUCUCACUGCAGUAACAGGAAGAAUGAACACAAAUUCAUUUUCUGACCAAUCAAGUCAGAUAUACUUUCCAGCAUGGAUUCAUGAGCGAUUUGAUCAGGGAGAGGACAUAGAGUUGGGAGAUGUUACAGAUAUUGAAAAGAAUCUUGUUAGGAAGAUUGUCAUAGUUGCAUUGUGGUGCAUACAAAUGAAACCUGCUAUUCAUCCUUCAAUGAGCAAAGUCUUGGAGAUGCUUGAAAGCGAAGUUCAGCUACUUGAAAUGCCUCCCAAGCCUUCUUUUGUUCCAUAUGAAUUGUAGACUGCAAAUCAUGUCAAUAUAAAUGUCAAUAUAAG